UGUAUCUUUCCCCUUAUGCGCUUCUGCUGCUGCUAUCUAUAUUUAACUGUUUAUCUCCUACUUCCUCUGUAAGCUAUAAGCUUUCUUUUCGGAGUUCCUAAGAUUCGAUUCAUCGCGUCAACGAUCUGCUCUCUGCAGGAUCUUCUGAUUCUUCUUCUUGGAUUUUCACUGCAAUUCGAUUAUAUAACACUAGAAAUAUCAUUGUAAUUUGUGGCUAUUCCAAUCUUAUAUAUAAGGGAAACAGCAUGUGGUGGUUGAGUCUGUCAAUCGACGUGUUUCGUAAAGUUAUCUCCUUGAACUUGUAUUGUAGGGUUAUUCUGUAAGUUGUUACCUCAUCAUUCUAAUCCUAGUUUUUGCUUUUGAUAUCGGUCCUUACUGAUUUGUCCAUGGGAACUUGUCAAUUUUUCGUCAUCAGUUGUUGUGUUCAUUGGAUUAGCUGAGAUUGAAAGUCCAAACCACUUUGAGAUCAAAAUUAUUUUGUUAGCUUCUAUUCUAACUUGAGUUAAUAUUUUAUCCUUUUAUAAGUUCAAUCAGCUGUUGAUCUUUAUUUCUAGUUUGGCCAAUUUCUCUCUCUUUCGUCUGCCAUAUCUCGUUCUGUGUGUAGUAUUCUUUGCCUAGAUUAUUGGGUUUAUACGAGGUGGAAAGAAGUUAUGGUGUGCCAAGCAGCAAGUCAAACAAGAUUUCGGGCUUUGAAACAUGAGAAUGGAAUUGCUGGGAGACCAACUAUUAUAGUUAGAGUGAUAGCAUGCUUUCAACCUUUGCAGGAUUGCCAGGCUGAAUAUUUCCGUCACUUGCUUAAACCUGUCACGUAGAUUGUUUCCACGUUUAAGUAAUCACAUCAAGCUGGAAGAUUUGGCUUUCUUUUUUCAUUUUUUGAUUUCGGAAAGUUUUUGAAUAUCACAAGUUUAAGUACAAUCCGUAUCCUGGUGACUGCUUGGGCUGGAUGGUUAAGGACAGCGAUUCUUGGCUUCAUCAGCCGCAGUCUGCUUGGAAUUUGCCCAAUUUGAAAUACAUGAGCACAACGCUGCAGUCUAGGCAACAAAAUGGUUUUCCAUCUUGUAUGGGUCCUGACAUGUAUUCUGCAACUAUGGCUCCUCCAGGGGUUGCAGCUCCUGGUUUACCUGCAUUGAAGACAAUCCAAACAAAAGGAGCUCAGGGGUUUCUUCAUUGUUUGCCUCCUCACUUGGAGAGCUUGCUUUUCACUCCGCACUCAUAUCUGGAAGAAAAACACUCUGCUUCUUAUGGAGUUGGGAUCAAGGCUAUGCCAAAUGCUGUAUCGGGGUGUAAUCAGAAGAGGUUCCUUAUUUUCGAUCAGUCUGGUGAUCAAACAAGAAUGUUCCUUACUCCUCCCAGUGGUCCUGUGCCGAAUCCUGUUUUUACACCUAUAAAACCCACUCAUUUUAGUGAAUUGCGUGACCAAAAACAGGCAGCUAAUGUGGAGGAAAUACCUCUAGUCAAGUCUAUUAUACAAGAAAAAUCAUAUGAGAAUCACGUGCUUGAUGGAAGCGAGCUGCAUGAAGACACAGAAGAAAUUAAUGCCUUACUUUAUUCUGAUGAUGAUGAUAAUGAUGGCAGUGAUGAUGAUGAUGAUGAUGAGGACGAUGAAGUAACUAGCACAGGUCAUUUUCCACUAGAGAUUAAAGGAAUUUACGAGAAACAUGAAUAUGUUGGGGAAAUAAUAGAGGAAGUUGCCAGUUCUGAUGGCCCAACUAAAAGGCAGAGACUCCUUGAUGGUGGGUACAACAAAUCAUUAUUCAUAAACGUUGCAAGUUCAUCGAAACAGGAUAGACCCCGGAGGGAUGGCAAUAACACGGAGACAAGUCGUGUUAAAGGCAGGACCCAAGACAAGGAUACGGGUUCCACCCUAGGCAAUGAGCAGUCAAGGAAGGUUAAAAUAAGCGAGACAUUGAGAGCUCUCAAGAGCAUAGUUCCAGGCAUAAAGAGCGAGGACCCAUUGUUGAUUAUUGAUGAAGCUAUUAUUUCCUUGAAGUGUUUGAAGAACAAGGCCAAAACUUUAGGGUUUUAGCCACCCUUAAGUUGCAGCCCGCCCUUCAAUAGUGGUAUGUUGGUUGGAGGGUGGAAUGAAAAGGGGAAAAUGGGUAGUAUAAGUAAGUCAAGAAGAAUUUCUUGACUUUAAUGAUUGAUGGAUUUGAAAAUAGUACGUUGGGUUUGGCUUUGUGAAGGCCUUUUUCAUCUUUUUGUUACUCUAGACUACUGUGUGUGAUGAGCCAAUAAAGGAAAGGCCUAAUGGAAUGGAUUUGCACUUCAAUUGUGGGGUGUUGAAGAUAAAAAUGGGGCUAUGAUUGUUGACCAGGAAUGAUUAUCUAUUGGCCUUUUGAGGGUUGAAGGAAGUCAUUUAUUUGAAAGCAUGGUGUAGAUAGUGGUGGUCUCUGCUGUAAAUGAGGACUCCUUUUUCCAGCAUUGUUGAUAACCCCUUAAAUCAAGUGCAUGCGCAUUAGGUAACUUGGGUCCCACCCUCCACUCCCUUUGCUUAUUGAUUUUAUGCUUUUAUGAUGUUGUCUCUGUGUGUGUGUGUGUGUGUGUGUGUGUGUGGUAGUGGGGGGACCCUCUCCUCUAGUUGAAUCAUGAAUUGUUGAGAGGCACAUUCAUGAUCAGAUCUUGCCGUAAAGGGUGGUUUGUUUCCAUGUGAAUAUGGAUGUGUAGUAAGUUGUAGUAGGGGUCUACUUUGUGUGGAGCUUUUGGGAGAAAGAAUGUGGAGUUGUGUAUGCAGAUGUGGUGAUGCUAAAGUGGGUAAGAAUGGGUUGAAUGCGUGCUACUUUAUGCUGCUGUUGUGUGUUUGUUAUCCUUUUUUUUUUUUUGUAUUUGUGUAUUUGUGAAAACUGUAUACAUUGUGACUCCUUUAUUGGAUACUACAUGUCAUAUUGUGAUUGUUAUUAAGUGCUUGGGGGACCAAUGUUGAUCA